AAACAAAUUGAACAACCCAUCAAAAUUCCAAAACAGAAGUCGUUUUACUUCAAAUCCCAUACAAAAAUUUCUAUCUCAUUCAUAAAUGCUCUCUUCCCCAUUUCACCCACUGUCUUCCGGUUUUUCCCUGAAAUUUAUCUUCUCCCAAAACAAUUGUCCUAACCAUUCAUUUCUUUUCCUAAUCCUCUCUCUAAUUCCAAUGCUUAUAAAAAUUUAAAUAAAAUAAAAAUAAAAUAAAAUUUUUCAAAAAUGACAAUUUAGUUUAGAUUAUAUAUAUACACAUAACAAAUAUUCUGAUGGCAGCUACAACCACUGCCACCACCACUACAGCAAAACAAAAACGCCGUCGUUUCCGUGAGAUUGCAUUUUCAUCCUCUACCUCUGCUGAACUCGCUUUUAACUCACUCAGUCCAACUCAGUAUCAUCUCCUUCAUCUCUCUCCUCAAAUGGCGGACUAUGACUCACACUCACCACAAACCACUUCUUAUCCAUCAAGUUUCAGCAAAUUUAACUCAGCUCUUACAGCGGGUUUACUCAACCCGAUGUCUCCACCUCCUCAAACCCGAUCCAGCCCAACUCUCUUUGAAAUGAUGGCCAGUGAGCCCGAUAUUCAGCCCAUUUCCAGAUCCAACAAUACUGCACCACAAAGCGGCGCCGUAAAGUCUCCUCAUCCUCCACUGUUGGAUAAGCAGGGAUUGUUGUUAUUAAGGGUUAAUGAUAUCUUAGCAAAUACAAGUCCUGGAAACCAGUUUAAUGAUCCGGGUUCGAGUGAUAUUCGGUUAACGUUGAGUUCUAAAGAUGGGUUUUCUGUUGAUUUGUGUGUUCAUAGACAGAUUCUUGUUGGGCAUAGUAGGUUUUUUGCUGGUAAGUUUGGGGGUAAGAAUAUUAAUAAUAAUCAUAGAGGCGAAACGACGCCGUUUGCGGUUGAGAUUGCUGAUUGUGAAGAUGUUGAGGUUUAUGUUGAAACUUUAAGGUUGAUGUAUUGUAAAGAUUUGAGAAGAAAACUCAUGCGUGAAGAUGUUCCUAAAGUUCUUGGCAUUUUAAAGGUUUCAGCUGCAAUUGGUUUUGAUGCUGGCGUAUUAUCUUGUUUGGAGUAUCUGGAAGCUGCACCAUGGGCAGAGGAUGAAGAAGAGAAAGUGGCCUCAGUGCUUUCUGAGUUGCGUCUUGAAGGAAUAGGUGCUAGCGAAGUUCUUAAAAGAGUUUCUCUUGAUGCCACAGCUCCCGUAGAAGAUAACAACAAUGAGAAUGAAGAAGUGCUUUUGAAGCUUUUAAACGUAGUUCUCGAAGGAAAAGAUGAAAAGGCAAGGCGAGAGAUGAAGGGACUAGUCUCCAAAAUGCUUCGGGAGAAUGCAAAUCAAAACGAUCUGAGGAAGGAAUCAUUGUACUCUGCUUGUGAUGGGUGCUUGCAACAACUCCAUCAUCAUUUCCUUCGAGCUGCAGCAUCGGACUUGCAGGAUGUGAGUCAGAUAGCUAGGCAGGCUGAUAAUUUGCACUGGAUCUUAGAUAUUCUAAUUGAUAGGCAGAUUGCUGAGGAUUUCCUAAAGUCAUGGGCAACACAAUCAGAAAUGUCGAAAGCACAUUCGAAGGUUCCCCCGGUUCACAGGUUUGAAAUUAGUCGGGUAACAGCCAGGUUAUUUGUUGGCAUUGGAAAAGGACAACUAUUAGCAUCCAAAGAGGUGAGGUGCCUGCUCUUACAGACAUGGUUGGUGCCAUUCUAUGAUGAUUUUGGGUGGAUGAGGAGGGCGUCAAAGGGGCUUGAUCGACAUUUGAUUGAAGACAGCCUUAGCAAUACCAUUCUUACAUUACCUCUUUCAUGGCAACAAGAAUUCCUCCUUGCUUGGUUUGAUAGGUUUUUAAACUCUGGAGAGGAUUGCCCUAACAUACAGCGCGGUUUUGAAGUUUGGUGGAGACGGGCAUUCUGGAAACGAAAUAGUAAUCAGCCUGAACGUCGUCACAUCAAGAUUGCAAAUGGAAGUUCUGAAAAAUAAAAACAAACACGAUUUAAAAAGGCGGAAGUAACUACAGAUUCCUUGCUCAUUGCUUGUUAUACAUGAGAUCGAGGUGCAAUCUUAACGAUCUCUUCGGAUCUUGUACCGAUCAAGUAUUGACCCUCUUUUCUUUGGUUUUUCAAGUUUUGGUUUUUUCAGCUUCAUUGCUGAAACUUUAUGCUAAUCAGUAAUCAAAAACAUCUUGUUAAUAGACAAUAGUAGUUGGUAAUCAAUACUUUUUUACUUUUGUUCUUUGAUUUUGCUAUAAUUACAUCUGAAAAGCUCGAUUUUGG